UUGUUAUUGUUGUGAGAGGUUCGUGGCACAGCUCAUCUCAGCGAAUGUGUCAGUGUUUUUCAAGAGGAGAUUGUUUUCAUAAUCUAAGCUAAAUCGGGUGCAUCACUAUUCUGUUGCCAUGGAGAAGACAUGGGGGGUGGAGUUUCGAAAUGUCGGAAGUUGCUACUUUCCUCAGAGCAGAGUGGACUGCCACUACACCAUCAACCCUCAGCACACGUGGGCCAGUAACGACUGGGUUGGACUGUUUAAGGUUGGCUGGACAUCAGUCAAGGACUACCAUACGUUUGUGUGGGCAGUAGCUCCAUCCAGCUACAAAGAGGGGACCUCUGUCAACUGCUGUGUUAAUUUCCAAGCUUCUUACCUACCAGGGCCUAGUGCUCAACAGUACCAGUUUGUGUAUGUGGAUGGAAGAGAAGAGGUUUGUUCUCGCAGCACUGCCUUCACCUUCUCAGCCCCCAAGCCCCUAGAGGAGCUGGUGACUCUGGAGGAGGAAGGUCAGGGGGAGGAAGUGGGCGAGGACAUGUUGCUGGUCAUUCCUAGAGCCCAGCUACUGCAGAGUCGUCUGCAGGAGUGUUUGAAGGAGCGUGCUGAGCUACUCCAGGCUCUGGAAGCAGCAGACCAGAACGUGGAGAGGGAGAAAGGCAGAAGAGAAAGAGACAGAAGCUCCUGGGAGCAGAGCCGCAAGGGGCUGGAAAGGAAGAUCGGCGAGCUGAAGGAGGAAGUGAGAGAAUAUAGGGAGAAAGUAGAGGAGAUGAAGAAGCAGCAGAAGGAAGUUGAGGAUUUAGGUGAAGCCCUGACAGAGGAGAAGAGAGCCCUGCUGGCUCAAAAAGAAGCUAAUGAUCAGCGAAUCAGAGAGCUAGAGGAGGACAUUAAAGUACUGACCCAGAGAGGCCUGGAGAGAGAGACUGACCUAGAAAGGAUGAGGGAACGGGCCAAGAAAGCAGCAGCUCAAAAGAAGGAAGAUGAGGAUGAGCACAAGAACCUGAAGUUAAAGAUGGAUCAGACAGAGAAGGAGCUGCACAGUCUGUCAGCAGAGUUCCAGAGUCUGAGAAGCUCGCUGGCCCAGAGAGACACACACGCCCUUCAGCUCCGAGACACCAUCACCACCCUCACACACAAACUCAACAGCGCUCACAGGAAGGAGGCAGCCAAUGAAGUGGCUUUGAGUGAACUCCGGAGUGUUCAAGAGCGUCUGAACAUGAGUGAACGUUGUGUGGAGACUCUGAGGGGGGAGCUGAGAGACAUGGUCGCUCAGAGGGACACCACACAUGCCGAACUUCAUCAGGCCCGUCUGCAGGCCGCACAGCUCACACUUCAGCUGGCAGAUGCCAGUCUGGCUAUGAGAGAGGGCAGGGCUAACUGGGCACAGGAGAAAGAGACCCUGCAGCAGAAUGCAGAGAUGGACAAAGUGCGUCUGGAACGUCUAAAUGAUGAGAUUCAGCAGAAGGAGGAGAUGUUGCAAGAGGCAAGGAUGGAGAGAGAGAAAGCAGUGGUGGAGCUGGGACGAGAGAAAGACUGCAAUCGGGUUCAGCUAAGCGAGACUCGUCGUGAGCUGCAGGAGCUGAAGGCCAGUCUCAGGGUGGCUCAGAAAGAGAAGGAGCAGCUGCAGACAGAAAUACAGGAAGUGAUGGAGUACAGCCGUCAGCUGGAGAGAAGGCUGGAGGUGCUGAGCGAUUCUAAAUGGAGUGAGACGGUGCUGCUGCAGAGCAGUCGUGCAGAAAGCCCACUGCUGUCUGAUUCUGAGGAUGAGAACCCAGAGGCCUUGCAGAACGCACACUCUUCUGGUCCUCUGAACCACUAUAGUCUGUGCGAGCAGCCCCAGGCCGACCUGCUGCUCCCGGUCACCCCUCCACCUUCUCCCAGACACCCCUCGGGCAUGGACGCGGUGGUCAUCAGCCAACCUGCACCCCUCUCAUCUCCACAUCAGCCCAGUGCUCACACACAUGCUCACAGCUCUGAGUCGGAGGAAGAGUAUGAGGCCGCUCAGUCAGGAGGGCACAGCUCUGGAGAGGAGACGGCUCUUCUCCUGCCUGACAACAGAGACACUACCCUCGGAGAUCUGGCAGAGAGCCCUUUGUGGUGAGGAGCAGAACUGCAGGACCUGAGGGCCAGUGCAGCGUGGACUGCUUUGCAGGGCAACACACGUGUUACGAGUUUUGUAUUUAGAAGCAUUUGCGCUUUAUAUUAUAUUGACAUGAGUAUUUAAAUAUGCAAUUUGCUUUACACUUUAUAUGCACUUAGAAUAUACAUAAGCUAUUAGACCUCUUUAUGUCGCACACGGUUUUACAGUAACUUGCACAGACGUGUUAUUUUACACAUAUCAACUGACAAGCAGAAGGCGUCUGUAAUGAGCAGAUCGAGAGAAAGGUUGUAUUUGAAGCAGAGAAAGUAAAGCAUGUUUCUCUGUGUGUGUGUGUGUGUUAUGGUUGUUUUUUUCAAUCUUGAUUUUCUUGUGUUCUGUCAUAUGACUUGUACUGAUAUAACGAUUAUCAUUAAUCUGCAUCAGCAAUAAUGUAAAGCACAAUGUCAUAGAGAUUCUUUCAGGUUUUAAAUGUAAGAUUUAGUUUGGGUGCUCUUGAUUUUGUGGGUCUUGUGAUAGAAGUU